CGAUGGCCACACCGGCAGACGCAAUUCAAAGUUAGCGACCAGUUCGCAAAAUCAACACAUUUGAACAGUUGUGCUCUGAAAUAUUAUUUAAUUUGACAGAUUUGGCUAGCGCCGUGUGGCAUCUAAAUGUGCAAACUAUCCAAAUGUCUGCCCAACUUCUAGUGAUCACUUCUGCCAACUAAAUUGGUUAACGGAUCGUUGGUCACACUGGCAACGAAAGUUGAAAGCCAACGAGCCGUUGGCAAAAUUAACUUGAUUUAUAAAAUGAACGAUUUAAGUAUAGAUAUUGGUUUUUUUUUUUUUUUUUUUGCGCAGAUGUGGCAUGUGGCAUGCGGCAGGCAAUGUAACGAACGACUUGUUAACUGAUGGCGCAUCCAUUUAAAUACCAUUUGCCAGAUAACGAGCCGCGAUAAGCUGCAAGCUCACAUGCAACCAUUAAAAGCGUCGGCAAUUGCCGCGCUCAGCAGUUACUGGACGACUCUUCACUUGGCCCAACAUGUUGUCCAGCGCAUCGGUGCAGGCGAUUUAUAACAUAACACUGAUGUACGCCGUCGUCUGGACGAUUAACAGUCACUAUGCGAGCGACUCCAGCAAACCGUUGUCCAUUAUGCACUUCGCCACGCGCGACUCAAGUCGCGCUCUCCACAACGAUCUAAUUGAUUCUGUGCUGUGUUUGGCAUCGGGCGCCGGGCGCAUCAAAUUUCUGCUGGAGCAUGAGCGCAUCGAUGGCGACGAAUCGCCGGCGGGCACGGCACAGCGCGCCGGCCUGGCCAGCGGCUUUUUGGGCCGCGAAACGGCCAUAUUGCUGCUGGACAGCUGGCGCGCCUAUAUGCGUCUGGAGCGGCAUCUGCUGCAGCCGGACAGCUUCUUUAAGCGCAACGGCUUCUAUUGUAUUGUGUACACGGGCCAGGAGUUGGGACGUCUGCGCACCAUUGGCGCAAUCUUUCAACGUCUGCUCGCCAUCUAUGUGAUCAAUGUGAAUGUGCUGCUGGUGGGGCGUCAGACUGGCACCGUGCGGGUCUACAAUUAUUAUCCAUAUCGGCCGCAUCGCUGUCAGUCCUCGGAGCCGGUGCACUAUGCCACCUUCCAGGGCGGUCUCGGCGCACCGCCCAUAAUCCAUGUGGAGAACAGCGUUCAAUUCUUUGACUCCAAACUGCACGAUAUGCAUGGCUGCCAGCUGGUCACUGUCACCUUUGAGAGUCGCCCCUUUGUCUUCUUCAAUGACAAUGACGCCAGCCUGUCCGAUGCCCAACGCAUGCAUGGCAUCGAGGGCAUGAUCUAUCGCCUGCUGGCGGAGCGCAUGAACUUUGGCAUCAAAAUCGUGAAGGAGCCAAAUAACAAUCGAGGCGAAGUGUUGCCCAAUGGCACCAUCACGGGCGCCAUGAAAAUGAUCGUUGACGGCGUGGCGAACAUAACCUUUGUCUCGUUUAUGUACAACAUGGAGCGCGCCACGUACAUGCUGCCGAGCAUCUCGUAUACCAGCUUUCCGAUAGUGCUCUGCAUACCCGGCGGCUAUCCGCUGUCGCCGCUGCAGCGCCUGACCAAGCCGCUCGGCUACAUCACCUGGCUGUGCCUGUUGAUGUGCGUGCUGCUGGGCCUGGGCCUGAUCGCCUGGCUGCAAUUGCUUAGCGGUCCGCGAUUGCGUCGCUUUGUGCUCGGCGAGAACAAUCGGCUGCCCGGCACGGAGCUGUGGAGCACACUGCUCGGUGGCCUGCAUUUGCAUCCGCCGCGUCGCAAUUUCGCCCGAUAUCUGCUCGCACUCUGGCUACUUCAGACUCUGGUGCUGCGCGCCGCCUACACGGGCGAGCUCUAUAUUCUGCUGCAGGAUGGGCGGGUGCGUACACCGUUGCGCUCGCUGUCCGAGGUGCUGGAUAGGAAGUAUGCGUUUCAUAUGCUGCCCGCACUGCAACCGGUGUUCAAGGACAUUGUGCCCCGUCAGCGUAUCCUGGUGGUGUCUGGUCUGGAGGAUUGGCUUCGCCGGCUUCGCGAUGACAAUGAGGCGCAAUUUGUGGUGCCGGUGCUGCAGCCGACCGUAGCCAGAUUCGACAUGGACUCCGGUCCCGAAAAGCAACGUCUCACUUUGCUGCCCUAUCCUCUGCUGACCGCCCCGCUGGCGAUCUAUAUGCGUCCACAUUCGUAUCUAAAGCAGCGCAUCAACAAGCUGCUAAUCAACAUGAUGUCCUCCGGCCUGGUGCAUCGCUAUCGUCGCAUGUACCUCGACCGGAUCGAGCAUAUGGCCGCUCAGCGCAGCCGUGCACCAACCAAACUAAGCCUCUGGCUGCUCGCCGGCCUCUUUGCCAGCUUGGGGCUAAUGCAUCUGUUCGCCAGCAUUGUGUUCAUGCUCGAACUGCGCGCCGCCCAGCCACAGCGAACACGUCUACGGCGGCUCAUGAAUGCGGCCAAUCGUUAUGUGGUCUAAAACCUAGUCGAAACCUAGUCGAAACCUAGUCGAAACCCCUUUCUCACUUCUUUGUAACUUAAUUAAUUGAUACUUGGAUAGAAUCUAUAUAUUGCCUAGUUACUCUGGCUCGCUUUGUCCUUAUCCACAUAAGCUUUUAUAAAAUAUUUGUAAACACUUGCUGUGGGCAUUUUUGAACCCGAUCCAGUGUAUAUAUUCUUGUUCCACAGACAAUUUCCCUGGCAGUUGGAAUGUCGGAUCACUUUAUAAUAUGCAUAGCAAAUCGUUCGUAAAAAGAAACUUUCUUCUUUUUUUGUUUCCAAGAUAUCUUGAACCAAGCUGAACUACGAGCCUUACUUAAAAAUAUUAAAUCUACAAGAUUCAUGGAAAAAUCUUUUAAAAAAAUGCUGUUCUAUAAGAAAACCUAUUUGUAAUUUAAAAUAUUUUACACAAACUUCACGAUCCGCCGAAAUA